AGUGAUGUUGGGUGCGGUUGGUAAAUGCUGAGCAGACACCGGCGAGAACACUGGAGACAAGACAGAGUGGCAGCGUCUUUUAUUCUAGAAAUUUGAAUUACUGCAACAACAACAACAACAACAAAAAAAACAGCUUUAAAUUCACAGAGAACGACCAAAUACAAAGGAUCAAAAUGUUAGACACAGUGAGCAGCCAGUUCGACUCCUUCCUGUUUUGGAGGGAGCCUAUCCCAUCACUGGAUCUGUCAGAGCUGGAAGACCUGGGCAUUUCUAUCACCAAAUCCAAAGAAGGGAAGUCGACCAAGAGCUCCUUGAAAGCCCAGGCACAGGAGGAGGAAGAUUUUGAGUUACUGCAGUACUCGACUUUCAACUACUGGAAAGAGCCCAUUGCUAGUAUUGAUACCUUGGAUUUCAACCUGCUGUUAUAAGACACUGCAAUUCAAUGAUCAGUUCCCGCCAAAUCUGUGUUUAAAGCCACUGUGGUCACACAAAUUCUCUGAUCUGAUUUGAUAAAUGAAAUGAUUACAGGAGUCAUGUAUUUAUAUCUUGCCUUACUUGUUAUGCCAUUGUGAAAACUGGAUUCUUAUAUGUGCUUAAACUAUAAGGGCAUUCCUGAAUGUGGAUGUAUUAGGAAGGCAACAAAAGGCAAUGGAAAUAGUUUGUAUCUCACUGCCCAGUGCUAUAUUGGACAUGUAAACUGUGUGACGGCCCAUUUGGUCAUGCACAAAACAUAAGAUUAGUGCAGCUUCAGGUCCCUGUUACAUGUAAAUGCAUGGUGAUUCUGAAAAAAAACAAAAAACAAAAAAAAAAAACAAAGAAAGAAAUUAUACAGCAAAGAAAGUUUGCUGUAUAAAGUUAUUUUCUGCCAAAUGAAUUGUAAUACCACUGCAUAAUUGUACUCGUUUUGAGCUGUUAUCUCACUGAAAGGUGUUUUUGUAUAAAACGGAUGUCAAUGUAAAAUGCAGACCUAAUGCUUUUCACUGUUUUCCCCCAUUAUGUUAAAUGAUAUGACAAAUGUCAGAUCCCAGUUAAAGUGAGCUUGCUGCUGAAUUAAUAAUAAAAAGCAUCAGUAUUA